GAGCGGGGACGAGCCGGGCCCCAUGCGCCUGCCGGGCAUGUCCCAGCCCUUCCUGCUGGCUCCCAUCGCCGAGUGUUCCCCGGGGCCGCCCGGCGCCGAGCUGCGGCUGGCAGUGCUGGGGGCCCGCGGCGUCGGCAAGAGCGCGCUGAUCGUGCGGUUCCUGACCAAGCGCUUCAUCGGGGACUACGAGCCCAACACGGGCAGCCUGUACUCUCGCCUGGUGCGGCUGGACGGGGAGCAGGUGGCCGUGCACAUCCAGGACACGCCGGGCUGCCUCCAGGUACAGGAGGACUGUGUGCAGGCACCGGACGCGCUGUUGAGGUGCAUGAAGUGGGCAGAGGGCUUUCUUGUGGUCUACUCCAUCACAGACCCCGGCAGCUACCAGGCGGUCCGUCCCCUCCACCAGCACAUCCGUCAGCUCCAUCCCGACGCCCGAAUCCCCAUCGUCGUGGUGGGGAACAAAGCGGACCUCCUCCACGCCAGGCAGGUGCAGGCCAAAGAGGGGCUGCAGUUGGCCAACGAACUGGGCAGCCUCUUCCUUGAGAUCUCCACCAGCGAGAGCUUGCAGGGCGUCUGCGAGGUGUUCCAGUACCUGUGCCGGGAGGUCAGCAAGCUGCAGCACGCCGAGCGCCGCCGCCCGACCGUCAUCCCGCGGCCGCGCUCCCCCAACAUGCAGGACCUGAAGAGACGCUUCAAGCAGGCGCUGUCGCCCAGAGUCAAAUAGAGCUGCUGCCGGGGGUCUAGGGGGGAUGCCACAGACUUUAUAUUUUUGUAAGCUAGUGAAUAAAUAAUAAAAAAAAUCUUUAUUUUUGUACUAAU